GGUACAACCUCUUUGAGCAAUCUAGUGACUUUUGCAGUGAUGCCACCAUGAAAAAGUUUCGCGAAUAACCUCAAACUUCAUAAAUUAAAACAAAAGAUAUCCUUUCCUAGACUUUGACAAGUUCGAAAAAUAACAUCCAAGACGACCUUUCAACCUUGCAGAUACUCAUCGAUCUCGAAAAAAUUAUCAGUGGUCCUAAAAUCCACGAGAAUUUUUGGCAAAUCUAAAACUUAAAACCCCAGGUAUCACCCCAUAUUCGACCGUGUGAUAUGACGGCCCGAUACAUUUGAAAGUCGGGGCUUUUCCUAAUACAUUUUCAGUUCCCUUUCGCCCCCCAAGUGGCUGUUCCAAAAAUGUUUAGAAUGUUAUUGAAAGCACCACUCAAAAAAACGAUAUGGACAAAACUUCCAUCUUCAACCCUAAGCACAGUAACCUGUCGCACUUUGUACAGUCAAAAUGUAGUGCAAUAUCAGGACAAGCUAAAAAAGCAGCAGAAUCAUGUUCAACAGUUGCAAAUAGUUCGAAAUAGUAGCAGCCAUCAUCAGAAAUCAUCAGGCGGGGGUGGAGGUGGAAUUCUGCUUGCUGUGGGGGCACUUCUUGUCAGUGGGGGUGCAGCACUUGUCUAUGCCCACUAUGACCCUGACUUUAGGAAGACACUCACCGAUUAUGUACCUAUAACGGAUGACAUAAUCAAGAGGUUAUUCCAAGAAGAUGCCAGUGUGAAUCAAGGCAACAUCCUUAAAGAAGGAUAUGACAGUCUUAAGACCUCAGUGGUAGGAUUGAUUGGAGGUGAUCAGCAGUCUAAGGCUAAAGGCGGAAAAAUACCACCUCCUGAACCACAAGAAUACAAAGGUGAGUAGUUAAGAAAUAAUUCUGUUAUUGUUAAAAUAAUACAACUUGCUUGAAUUGAUUCAAAAAAUAAUUGUUUCAAGCCUUGAAAAAACAAAAAUUAAUUCUGCUUUUCAUCUAAUAUUCUGCAAACUUAACAAAUAUUCAGCGUCCCAUUUUAAUCUCCAAACUUAAAUGUUUCUAAAACUGCUCAUCUUAGAAAUAAAGUUCCGAACAAAAGGUGUAAAAUUUUGAGGGGGCAACAUGGUGGUGAUAUUGACAAUGAUCUUGUCUACGAUCUUCACGGUCAGGCGAAUAUUUUCAAAUGGAAGCCCCCCUUUUUCACAUCACCUUCAUAUGCAAAAUUUUCUGCUUUUUCCAUUUCCAGUAUAAAAAUGACAAGUUUCCUUUGGAAAUUUUGACUUGACCUUAAACCGCUUGGUCAAGGUCACCUUUGGUAAUCCCAACAAACGUCACAACAAUUUUACCAGAGCAAAUUGUUUGCAACAUCUUGAGUUGACCUUGAGCGUCCUUUAAGGUGACGUUUGGACGUCAAAUUUGCUCUUCUUUUCAAAUCUGAUGUGAAAACGUGAUUAUAUCUUUUAAGGCCUUUGUGUAAAUUGUCGGGAAUGCUUUGGAAAUUGGUAUUUAGUUAUUUAUGGAGAGCUAUUGAAAUGCUUUGAAAAUGUAGUAUUCCAUAAUUUAGCUGGGAAUCCAAACAUGACCAUCCUCGUCAAAUCUACUGGAAAUCCUAUAAAGCACACGUUUAGUCCCACCAACUUUACUUCUUAUAAAAUACAUACCUGGAACACCUUUUGUUUAUUCUUUCAAUAAUUCAUUCCAUAGAUUUGGUCGGUCUUUGAACAAAAUAUUCAGCAUUGCUUUUCAAUAGUUCGCCACAAAUAACUAAAUAAUAGUAACAAUUUGCAACAGAUUCCCGACUAUUUACACCAAGGAUUCAAAAGAUAUAAAUGAAAACAGUGGAGCUAAUUUACUUUGAACUAAAUGACAAUCCAUGUGUGUUGGUCCUCUGACCAAUAGGAGGAAAUGUCCAAGUCACAUAUUUGAAAAUAAUCUCAGUGUUACUUUUCAUAUUUCUACUCAUUACACUAACAACAUUUCUUUUCCUUCUGGAUCAAAUUAUAUCAAUUACUGUCUGCAUUUUACUCUAAUGUCAAUCAGAAGUGUUGAGAAUUUCACCCAAAGCAGGACCAUCUAAUUCUAAAAUUUCAUGUCAUUUGUGUGACUAACAAAGUGUUGUUUUUUUUCUAAUAAUCUAUUCUAGCUCCCCCGCCAAUAAUACCAAUACUAGAGAAGGAAGCAGAUAAAAAGAAGCAAGAACCAACUUAUGCUGAGAUUAGAUUAGAGAAAGUUGAAGGAAAAGGACAAGAGCCUGUUGUUGAGCUUGUUGGAGAUGUGAAACCACCCAAAGAAGAUGUAGCACAUGACGAAGAUGUCGGUCAAUUAGCAGAACUAGAAUUAAAAAUAGGCAAAUCAGCAGAAGAGGCCGUGAACGCCUAUAACAACGCUGUGUAUAUAUUGAAAUUGUACAAUGCAGACAUUGAGAACAUUAUCGAUGAAGCUGUGAAUCAAGUGAAUCCAGAUGUUUGGGACGAAGUGAGAAAAAAAACUAGGAGUAAGACAGAAUGUUUGAAAAGAGCACAGGAGAAAGCCGAACAAGCUACUAGGGAUAUAAAUAAAUUAAAGGCAUUAGUAUCUAGUCCAAAAUUUCAAGCAGACAGCACCACAAAGACUAUGAUCAAGAACAAUAUUUCGAAAGUACAAGAUGACAUUGUCAGAGCAAGAAGGGACAUGGAGAAUGAAAUAAAGAAAGGAAGUGUUGCUGAAAAAUACUGGGAGAAAGUGGAGAAAGCCCGGCAGCACUUUGCCGAAGAACUGGAGAGCAUGUUCCCAGGUAUCGAUCUGAGCAAGCGGCAGCUGCACGUAGACGUGGAGGACCUGGACCUGUUCGUCCUCCACGCAUACCAUAACGUCAUUUUUUACCAGAAGGAGCUGUCCAAGAUGGAGACCAUCAUGCAGGAGCGCGUCAGGCAAGCAGUGGAGGCGGCGAAGAAAGGGGGCGGCGAUCCGUUGACCAGCGCGCAGAUCUGCGAGGCUGUCGAACAAGAGAAGAGGCGGUUGAUGCUUUGUUUCCAACAGAAUGCUUUGAGGAUGAAAAGGGAGCACGAGCAGGAACUUCGCGAACAACUGAAGUUGCAGUCGCAAACUUUUAACGAUCACCUAGCAGAUGCCAUCAGGACCAGGGAAAUGGAAAUUGAAAGAGCCUUCUCGAGGAAAUUCGAUGAAAUGUUAGAAGAGGAAAGGUGUAGAUUCAAAUUGCAACUAGCUGCUAUUGUCGGAAGGUUGAAGGGCUUGGAUCAAGCCAUCAAGGAAAAGAAUGAUGCUGACGAAGCAUCGAGGCAGGCUCAAGUGUUAUGGAGUGCGUGCCAAGCGCUGUUACGUGCCAUAAAAGCAGGCUGUCCGGGAAAACCAUGGAAAGACCAAAUUCGCCCGUUAGAGCCAGAACUGAAAGCUGUUGAAAAAGCAGCAGAAAACGACGAACUGGUGGGCGCAGUUAUGAAAGGCAUCCCGAAAGAAGCUAAAGAGCGCGGCGUGUACCCCGAGGACGCGUUACGCGAAAGAUUCCUGAAAGUCGAGCAGGUGGCGCGCACGGUUGCCCUCGUGCCCGAAGCGGGAGCUUCGCUGCCCAUCCACGUGCUGUCGUACAUCCAGUCGCUGUUGCUGAUCAAAGCCCCGUCGCCCAUUCCGCAGAGCGAGCUUGAUGACGAGAAGGUCGAUUUUGCUGAAUUGAGCACCAACGAUAUUCUGCAGAGAGCUAGGUACUGGCUAGACAGGGGAGAUUUCGCUCAAACACUCCGCUACAUGAACCUUUUAAAAGGCGCCCCCAGGUGCGUAGCUCGCCAGUGGAUGAACGAAACCCGGAUACUUCUGGAAACACAGCAGGCCGCCAACACUUUGAUGGCCCAUGCAGCCUCCAGCGGCCUCACGUACCUCUAAAACCAUACCCGAAAGCGAUCAGUCGUUUCGUUUAUUUCCAACUCCAAUCGACAUACUUUUAUCUACCGAUAUAUCUACAAUUUUUCUUUUUUCGAGCAGUCACUCGUUGGGUUUUAACGCGUACCAGGAUGUUUCCUUUAUUGAUGUAUUAUUGUUGAAAUAAAUUAUUAUUUUUUAAUCAGU